UUCAACCAGUGCCAGGAAGGCGAGGAGGCCUACGGCGCGCUCUGCUACCCCAAGUGCAAGGAAGGCUACGAGAAGGUCGGCUGCUGCAUCUGCCGUAAGAAGGGCUGCAGCGGCGCCGAAGGCGUCCAUGAUAUCGGCGUCUCGUGCACCAAGCCCAAGGCGUACGGCCGCGGUGUUGGCUACGCGCUCUGGAACCAGGACAAGUGCGUCGCUGAGAACCCGCAAGGCUGUGAGAAGAACGGCCUCAUGUGGUACCCCAAGUGCAAGCCGGGCUUCCAUAACUUUGGCUGCUGCAUCUGCACGCCCGACUGCCCCGCUGGUACGCAUGACGACGGCGCCUUCUGCCGCAAGGACCACUAUGGUCGCGGCGCCGGUGUCUCGCGCCUCGGCUGCGACAAGGGCCUCGAGAAGAGCGGUCUCUUUUGCUACAAGCCGUGCGCGCCCGGCUACAAAGGCGUCGGCCCCAUGUGCUGGCCGCAGUGCCCGCCGUCGAUUCCGUCCAACUGCGGUCUCUUCUGCACGUCGACGGGCGCCACGUGUGCCUCGAGUGCGAUCGAGAUCAUUGGGUCUGUCGCCAAGAUCGCGUUGAGUGCUGUCAACAACGACACGGCCGGUGCCAUCUCGACGGGCAUUCAGGCCGGCACGAAGGUCAUUACGCUCCAGCACUGCCCCAAGCCCUAAGCGCGCAGCACGUCAAACGAAGUAUGUUGUUCCAGAUGUGUGAAACGACUGGAAUGGUCGACUAAGCCCUUGAUAAAUGUUGUCAUGCGCA